UGCUCUCACUAUUCUGCUGACUUCGCCUGCAGGCUGUGUGUCUGUACAGAGCUUACUUUAAUCAUUUACAUUCUGGAAAGUGGCCCAGUUGAAAGAUUCAAAGUUCUCUAACCUUCCACCAAGAUGACUCUUGCUUUUGGAAAGCCUCACACAUGAUUAGAAGCCCCACCCCAUGUCAAUCAAAAGAGCAAAUUCCCCCCUCAUAGCAGAAGUGUUUGUGUAGUGGGGGCUGGGAUCUCAUCUGCAGGCUGGGAGAAGAGGAUUAGGUUACGUGCAGUGGAUCAAUGAAGAAAGAUGGAGACUGCAAUGAGGAGCCUUCUGUCAGAUAACAGCAGAUACGUCGAGUCCUUCCGCCUCUUCCUCAAGAAUUCCACUGAGCACCAGUGCAUGCAGGAGUUUAUAGAGACCAGGCUGCCGGGUGUCGUCUCCAGCUUAGGAGAUGGAAAGACGACCAUCAAUGUCCUCGGAGUAGGAAGUGGAUCAGGUGAAAUAGACCUAAAAAUCUUCUCCAAAAUACAAGCUCGAUAUCCUGGAGUCCCCAUCCAUACUGACAUUGUUGAGCCAAGCCCAGAGCAGAUCCUCAGCUACAAGGAGCGCGUGGCCAAGACCCCGGGACUUCAAAACAUAAAUUUUAACUGGAUCAAGAAAACAUCUUCUGAGUUUGAGCUUCAAGUAAAGGAGGAAAAGUCAGAAAGAAAGUAUGAUUUCAUCCAUAUGAUCCAGAUGUUGUACUAUGUAAAAGAUGUGCCAGCAACACUGACCUUCUUCAGGAGCCUAUUGGCACCAAAUGGAAAACUCCUUAUAAUACUUGUAUCCGGAAAUAGCGGGUGGUCUACCCUAUGGAAGAAGUACGGAUCCCGCUUGCCCCUAAACGAUCUCUGCCUGUACGUCACGGCGGGCGACAUUGCAGACAUGCUGAGAUCAGAGGGCGCCAAGCAUCAGACUUAUGAGCUGCCCUCUGACAUGGACAUCACAGAAUGCUUCAUCGAUGGGGACAGGAACGGGGACUUGUUGUUGGAUUUUCUCACAGAGACCUGUGAGUUUAACAAAAAUGCCCCUCCCGAGCUGAGAGAGGAAAUUAUUCAAGAUCUCAAGAGCUCAGGGUGCAGUUCUGUAAAAGAUGGGAAGAUCAUUUUUAAUAAUAAUCUCAGUGCUAUAGUGGUGGAGAGUGGCUACGUAUGAGGAAAACCAAGUGAAUCCACGUGUCUGGUCCAAAAAAACUACAGAAAUUGUCCAAAUCUCAAAUUUUUUUAUGCCCCAUUUACAAAAAUCACCAGGUCAUCCCUUUUGAUAUUACGGGGAACAUUCGUGAAAUUUAGGAUCAAGGCAGGAAAAGCUUGGGUGUUAUUGAGGCAGUUCCACAGUCUAUGCUAAAUUUUUCCUUAUUUUUAGGGGGGGGGGGGGGGGGGUUGUGCAAAGGGAAAAACAUACUACCUCUCCACACCACAAUUUACUCAAUCCUCGGCCGUUUCCCAAACCAUACAUUUCAAAAAGAGUGCAAGUAUGACCAGUUUACGUCUAUGGGGACAGAUCACAGGACUCUUUCCAAUAGAUAAGAGUCCCAGGGGGAUAUGCUUUGAUUGGCAGAUUGAAAUCCCCUUUAAAGGGGUUGUCCAGCAUCUCUCUCAAAGCCCAGUGGACAGACACUGCACCACUCCAGGCAGCACAAUUUCCAAUCUGACAUAUUAUGCAUACUGUAUGUCCUAUCAAAGGGGUUGUCCAGCGGCAUUCAUUUAUUUAUUUUUUAUAUUGGACUCCCGGUGGCUUAAAUGCUAUCACUGACCUCCCUGACUUUGGUCCCCUCUGCUGUCCUUCACUUCUUGGUCCCGGCUUGACACCCUGGAAUUGCCAAAAAAGGCCGGUCCCUGAAAGAGGCGGGUCACCACUAUGGCCAGUGAUUGGCUGAGUGGGCCUUUAUUGGCAUUCCCAGUGUAUUAAGCUGGGACCAGUAAGUGAAGAGCAGCAGGGACUACAGCAGCAUCAGAAUGGCAGCAAUGGGGGAUUGAAGAGUAAAUUUAGGCAACGGGGAAUCAUAUAAUAGAACACGUGCACCAUACUCGCCGGGUGUCAGACGGUUUUCUCAGCCACCGCCCUGAGUGGUAUGAAGCAGCGCCUUUGCAUGCCCGAUGUCGGAUCGACAGCCGUCCCGUCAGCCAUGCAUCAUUGUCUUUCUAUGGCCAAGGUCUCGGCUGCACAACCCCCUUUAAGAAAAAAAACAAUGUCCCUUGUGAAUGUUUUGUACAAUCUAUAAGUCAAAUGCCCAACCUUACCUAAGAUGAAGACAAUACAACCAGCCCCUAAGGGUUUUUAAUGCCAUCUGAAGUACCAGGUGAUGUUGACCUCAAGAAUCACAAUCCUUACAAUCUGAGCUCCGCUGAAGCUGCUUUUGUUUUUCCAUAUUUCUACUUUUUAAAUAGUCCACCAUCUUUCUUUUGUCUUGUUAAUGAGUCACUCGGUUAUUACGGGCCGUUUGUGCUAAAAAGCUAAAAGGAAUAACAGCGAUAUUGAGUAGAGUCUCUGGGUCACGCCGCCAUGUCAAGUGCUCCUGGAAAGGCUGGCGCCUCGCUCCUCGCCACUCGUUUUGUUGAUUCUGGAGAGGACUUUUUAUUUAAGAUUUGUUUUUCUGUGAAAACUUCUAAUUUUUAAUAAAUGUGACUAAUGACCAUAACAAGUUUAGAUGAACGGACGGACGGUAAACUUCUUGUAAAACUUUUAAGAGUUAGAAACUUUUUUUUUUAAAGUGAUCUAAACUGCACUAAACCCCCAGGCUGCCUAUAGUAGUGGGGGAUAUGGCUAAAGGAACUUACCUAUGAAUGAUGCUUGAAAUGUGUGAUUUUAUAUGAGCUUCAUGUUCCUAAGGGCUCAUGGACACGAAGCCAUGUCUGUUCCGGUUUUUUUUUUUGCGGCCCGUAUGCGGAACCAAUUAUUUCAAUGGGGGCCGCAAAAAAUGGAAAUGACCGCAAGUCCGUUUGGUAAAAAAAAUAGAACAUGUCCUAUUCUUGUCCAUUUUGCAGACAAGGACAAAAAAAAUGGAUGUAACACGGAUGUCACAUGGAUGUUGCCCCGAUUUGUUUUGCGGACCCAUGUUUUGCCGACCGCAAAAUACAUACGGUCGUGUGCAUGAGCCUUUAAGCCUGGAUUUCCAGGAACUCAGCUUGCUGUCACUGAAUAGAAGCAAAUAAAAACAAGUCCUUAGCACAUCCUGCUUAAUGUUUCGACAAUCUUCUGUGAUCUUAGCACAGUAAUGCAGGGGUGGACACGCCAUGUGUGCAACUUAUGCAGCUGCACAAGGACCCGGUAGGUUAAAGAGCCCACUGUCACCUUAAAGAGGCUCUGUCAUCCGGAUCAACGUAACCCUACCAGGCAUAUAGCCUAGUAGGGUUGAUGACACUGACAAAAACGAUACCUUUCUUUCUGCUGGUGGUGGAGAAAAAUUGAAAUUUUUAAAUAUACAAAGGAAGUAUUCGAGCACCAGGAGGCAGGCUUAUGCAGUUCGAGCACCGCUCCAGCGACGCCCCUGGUUCUCCAUAAUGAAGCCCCUCUGCUGUAGUUCACACCACCUGCCUUUAGAUGGACAGCGCUAGACCCUUUGGUCUAGCUCUGAGAUCCUGUGCCCAGAAUGGCGAGUGCACACAACAUCUUCGGCUUCAUUCCUUACUUGUGAAGAUGCAUAUGAGGACAGAACCUCCCACCGCCCCUUUUCCUGCUGUAGUGAUCAAUCCUGCUGGGUCCCUAGAAAAACACUUAGCUGCAUUGUUGUCACCUGCCUGCAAUGGUCCUGUUCAUGCACAAAGUAAAGAGUUAACAAUGUACUUUUGCUGUAAUAACCUGCAUAUAUAUGUAUUUGCACAUAUUGAUAAUAGACCAUAUCCACAGCCACCACUAGAUGGUGCUAGUGUCAUCUUCUGUAUAAAUAGAUGAGUAGACUGAGAGAACUAGUCAGUUAAAAUGCAAAAAUGUGGAGCUGACAGCAUAGCUCGUCCUGGACCUGGUACCACCCAGCACAUGGCCAUAACAUCACAGAAGCAGAACGGAUUUAAGAGAGAGCGGUGUAGGGAAAGUCCAGCAGAGAUAACUUGUCUGACAAGGACUUAUUGACUCUAAGGUAUCCAUGUUUAGGAGAAAGCCUCUGGUGCCUGAGCAUACCAAACCCCAGUUUGGCCCAUUUGAAAAUCCCCACAUCCCAAGGUGGAGUUUGUGGACAUGUAUUGUAUGUACAGCAACUUGUUCAAAGAAUAAAGCAGAAGAGUUUGCCAGCCGCUGUGGAGAAACGCCCUGUCGGUUGCAUUGCAUUUAUUUAAAAAUCUACACCUCAUAUCUCCUGUUAAUGUCAGAGACACCCUCUGGCCUAAUAACUACCUGUGCAACUGUGAAACCUGUAACAUCUGUGAAAGUGCAUUCUGUGUACCAACUGCCGGUCCAUGCAUGCUAAGAACUUUGUGAUCUGUUUGCAUUGGAAUUCUUCAGUAAAGAACUGUUCUGCUGCACAACUGCCUCCUCAUUGCUUUCUCGACUACUUUUACACUGGAAAGUGUUGGCGUUAUGAACAUUAACCCUGGCUUGCACCUUUAAACCAUCAGAACUGGAGUGUGACCUGAAGGGAAGAAAAGGUGCACCCUUCCCAUCACUGCACUCCAGCUCAGGGAGCUUCAGAAUCGUGAGAACAACUGCUACUACUAUUACACCCAUCCAGCCAUUCACACACACUCCCCUGUGGCCUAGUCAUUACAUAAGUACUAGGGUGGCAGGGAUAUCAGCUGCCCAAAAACUAAAAGGAUGCAGGAAGGGGAUGUGUGGCCCCAUCCUAAAUGUUUAUUAUCCCUGUACAGUGAUAUUAACUUAUUUAUUAUCCCUGUACUGUGACAUCACUGUGUUUAUUAUCCCUGUACUGUGACAUCACUGUGUUUAU